UCUUUUCCCUAUUAUUUUUUUCUUUUAUCUCAGUUCCUCCUUGUUCUACCUCUCCAUCAUGCUGUUUCCUUCUUCAUUCCUCCUUUUCCUUUUCUUUUCCCUCUUAUUUUUCUCUUUUAUCUCAGUUCCUCCUUAUUCUACCUCUCCAUCAUGCUGUUUCCUUCUUCAUUCCUCCUUUUCCUUUUCUUUUCCCUCUUAUUUUUCUCCUUUAUCUCAGUUCCUCCUUAUUCUAGAUUUACAUUAUUAUAGGUAUGUAGUCCAGUAAAUAAUGUUAUAUUUACUCAAUCUCUGGUACGUUUUGUUCUCAUUUGGUACUUUUUACUGGUGCAAUCUGGUACUACUAAUAUUAAAACUGAGUGCCAAUACUGGUCAAGAGAAGAAGAAGAAGAAGACGAGCUACUGAACUUGAAUUACUUGAAGGUUUGCCGCCGCCUGCAGCGUUGGGUCACGCCAGUGCCGGUGCAGAAGUGAGGGUCUGAGGUGGUACUGUACUCAAAGCUCCCUGCGUCUUCGCUUCCGCUGACUUAUGUUCCAGUGGAGGCUGCAAGGCUGGGCAGCAGCCUGAGUGGCCGGGACCAGCAGGAGCAGACUGUCUCUGGUGUGAGGAUCAGGGGUGCUCAGAAGAGCCACCACCACUUUCACCACCACCACCAUUUUGCUGCUGGCAUCUCCAGCCAUAAAUGAAAGUGAAAGUUUGAGUGCAGGAAUACUUGAUACUGAGAACAAGUCCACACGUUGGUCAAGGAAACCAUGAGUACCAAGAGUGUGGGAAAAGACUCCCUGGGAAGGGUGACCUCACUAAGUACACCCACACACUCUGGAGGAAGACCUCAUCAAUGCCAUGAGUGUGGCAAAAAGUUCAGUAAAAAGAGUCACCUCAACACACACACUCUUACACACACUGGUGAAAGACCUCAUGAAUGCCAUGAGUGUGGCAAAAAGUUCACUCAGAAGAGUGUCCUCAACAAACACACCCUUACACACACUGGUGAAAGACCUCAUGAAUGCUGUGAGUGUGGCAGAAAGUUCAGUACAAAGAGUGUCCUCAACACACACACCCUUACACACACUGGUGAAAGACCUCAUGAAUGCCGUGAGUGUGGCAAGAAGUUCAGUCGUAAAGGUAACCUUAACACACACAUCCUUGGACACACUGGUGAAAGACCUUAUGAAUGCCGUGAGUGUGGCAAAAAGUUCAGUAUGAAGAGUAACCUCACCACACACACCCUUACACACACUGGUGAAAGACCUCAUGAAUGCCAUGAGUGUGGCAAAAAGUUCAGUAGGAAGAAUGACCUUAACACCCACACCCUUACACACACUAGUGAAAGACCUCAUGAAUGCCAUGAGUGUGGCAAAAGGUUCAGUAGUAUGAGGAAUCUCAAGAAUCACACCCUUAAUCACACUGGUGAAAGACCUCAUGAAUGCCAUGAGUGCAACAAAAAGUUCAGUCUUAAAUGUAACCUCAACACACACACCCUUACACACACUGGUGAAAGACCUCAUGAAUGCCAUGAUUGUGGCAAAAAGUUUAGUCAUAAUUGUGAACUCAAGAAACACAUGAUUACACACACUGGUGAAAAACCUCAUGAAUGCCAAGAGUGUGGCAAGAGAUUCAAUUCUAAGUCCAAUUUCAGCAAGCACAUCCUCAGACACUCUGAUCUGAGAGAGUUCGAGUGUGAUGUUUGUGGGAAGCAUUUCAAGGUGAAGGGGGAUAUUGCCAAACACAUGAAGAUCCACUUCCCCUGAGGUGCUGUGUUGUGCUCUACUUACCUCCAAGAGCGUCAACGUGCUGUUGGAAAAGUCACGGAACCUGUGAAUUGUGGGCAAAUAUUGAAAAUUGGGCGUGCGUCUGAUUAUAUGAACGAUGGCCGGCCGAGUGCACUUCGGCAGGUGUGGUGAAAUAAAUAAUGGCCGUUACUGAAGGGUUGAGGCAAAUGUGAGCAUUUUAUUUACAAAAAAAUGGAGGAAAAAGACGAAGAAAAAAAAAACAUACAUAGCCAGAGAAACAAACACGUACACAAUCACAGCUUAACUGCAGCUAUGAGGAUAAAAUAACAUAACUACAUAAUUCCACACUUUAUGCAAUACAAAUCUGCUGUUCAUACUAACUAGGCAAAUAUGCUCCUCCCCCUUCCUCAAUAACUGUGUGUGAUUGGCCAGUUCACCAGUAGGCCAUGCCCCUUCCCAGUAAGGGCCUCCUGUGAUUGGUGGAUACUCAGAGAGGUUGAAUCCUAUUGGUGUUUAGUGAGCAUCUGUGUGUGGGACUUAUUUACCAAGCCAGUCUGUGCCUCCUUCUGCAAUCUUCUUCCCCUUGUUCUUCAUAGCCUCUUUUGGUUGUUGUUGUAACUUAACUAACCCCUUGGAGGCUUUGAACUGUACGCUGUUUGGCCGAUUCUUCAAACGCUGUGUGAUUCGUCUACAUUUUUGCGGCUGUUUGUAUAUCUUGGGCCGUUUUUUAAAGUUUGGUUAGCCGGCUUUGUUGAUUCUUCUGCCUCAGUUAUCAUGGCGAGUUUGUAACGUGUCGGCUGAACGUGGAAAUCCAACCCUUCCAGCUCUGCCCUUAAAGAUGAAAGUCAAAGGGCCAAACAGCCACAUCACCAGCAUCACG